UCAAGAUAAAAUUACCUCCUUUUGUUCCCUCUGCUCCACUGCCGCCUUUUUGGGGGAACACAUAAGAGGACAUUCUAUCUUAAACACCAUCCAUCAAACUUUGGAAACCAACAAUCACAAUAACGUGUCACACACACUGUAUAUACAUAAUAGUUAUGUGGUAUUGUCGUAAAAGUUGUAAGAUGGAUAGACAUAUGCUAGAUUGGGAACAAUUUAAUUUCCUCCCAAUUUAGAGCAACUAAAUGUGAUGUGUUGCCCACCCACAUUUUUUUAUGGAGUUUCUCCCACCAUACUCCCCAUUCCUAAAUCCCAUUGAUUAUUGAUCCCAUUGACUCUUUUCUGCAUGGAGAUGGAGGGUAUAUGAUUACCGUCCUCACAACCAGUUGUUACGGUGACCGAGACGGUUCAACACAAAUUCAAAAGCGACAACAGAAGUGAGCGUGUUGUUGACAAAAAGAGGAAAGUUCUUGUAUGUUUGAGAAGCUGAUGGACACCCAGGAUCAGACAUCUUUAGUGGGGGCAGGACUGCUGUCCAGGCUGACGCACAUGAUGCACUUUGGGAGGAGUAGAGUUGGGCCUGCAGAGUCCAGCCUCAGCAGCCAGAGGACAGAGAACAACAUGAGGAGCAGGAGCAGUGAUGGUCAGCUAGCCCUGGCUGCACAAAACAUGAACAACUGCAACAACAAUGAUGGUAAAAAAGAUGCCAAGAAAGAGGAACCUAAAAAGGAUGAUAAGAAAGAUGACAAGAAAGAUGACAAGAAAGAUGACAAGAAAGAUGCUAAAAAGGAAGAACCAAAGCAGGUGUGGAUCAUGGACCCUGCCACAGAUACAUACUAUUACUGGCUGUGCACAAUAUCCAUCCCAGUGUUCUACAACCUUAUGUUCCUAGUGGCCAGGGCUUGUUUUAAUGACCUGCAGUAUACAAAUACAACGCUGUGGAUGGUUUUGGAUUACUCUUCCGAUGUCCUCUACUACAUUGACACCUUUGUGAGAGCCAGGACAGGUUAUCUGGAGCAAGGUCUUCUUGUAAAGGAUGAGAAGGUCCUGAAAGAAAAGUACAUGAAGACACACCAGUUCAAAUUUGACAUUAUAUCAAUUAUUCCCACAGAUUUUAUAUUUCUCAUAAUUGGAAUUGACAACCCAGAGUGGCGAUUCAACCGUCUCUUUAGGUUAGCCCGUCUUUUUGAGUUCUUUGACCGGACUGAAACUCGAACAAAUUAUCCCAACAUCUUUCGAAUUGCUAAUCUUGUACUUUACAUUAUCAUCAUUAUCCACUGGAAUGGUUGCCUUUUCUUUGCCAUCUCCAAGACGCUUGGCUUUGGCUCAGACACCUGGGUAUAUCCAGACCUAAAGACGCCUCAGUAUUCUCGCCUGUCCAGGCAGUACAUCUACUGCUUUUACUGGUCCACUCUUACUCUGACAACUAUCGGUGAGACACCGCCCCCAGUCCGAGACAUUGAAUACUUUUUUGUGGUAGCUGACUUCCUCACUGGGGUUCUGAUCUUUGCUACGAUUGUAGGCAAUGUUGGGGCCAUGAUUUCCAACAUGAGUGUUGCACGUGUAGAGUUCCAGGCUAAGAUUGACUCUAUAAAGCAAUACAUGCAGUUUCGGAAGGUCACCAAAGACCUGGAGGUUAGGGUGGUAAAGUGGUUUGACUACCUGUGGACAGAGGAGAAAACCUGUGAUGAGAAGCUGGUGCUGAAGAACCUGCCAGACAAGCUAAAGGCUGAGAUAGCCAUCAAUGUACAUCUGGAGACUCUAAGUAAAGUGCGCAUCUUUCAAGACUGUGAAGCAGGUUUGCUUGUUGAGUUGGUCCUUAAACUUCAGCCUCAAGUUUUCAGUCCUGGUGACUACAUCUGUAAGAAGGGGGACAUUGGCAGGGAAAUGUAUAUCAUCAAAGGAGGUAAGCUGGCUGUGGUAGCAGAUGAUGGGGUUACCCAGUUUGUGGUCCUAAGUGAUGGGGCAUACUUUGGAGAAAUUAGUAUCCUCGGUAUCAAGGGCAGUAAGGCAGGAAACCGAAGAACAGCCAACAUCCGAAGUGUGGGCUACUCUGAUCUGUUUGCACUGUCCAAAGAUGAUCUAAUGGAGGCACUCACUGAGUAUCCUGAUGCUAAAAAUAUGCUGGAGGAGAAGGGAAGGGCCAUCCUGAUGAAAGAUAAUCUCAUUGAUGAGUCACUGGUCAAUGCUACUGACGCCAAAGACUUGGAGGAAAAAGUCAACAAGAUUGAAGCCAGUUUGGAUGUCAUGAUGGUUAAAUUUCAAAGGCUGACAAACCAGUAUGAAUCUUCCCAGCGUAAAAUCAAGCAACGGCUCAUUAAUGUGUCGAACCAGGUCCGAACACUCAGAGUAGACAAUGAGUAGAUCUUGGCUUUGCACUACUACUGCCAGUCUUAUGGAAUGUUCAGGACAUAUGUUAAAGGUCAUCUGUUCUGUAGGACUUUUUGUAUACACCAAAUGGCAUAUGAUCAGCAGCUAAACAGUCAACAUUCAUUUUCCCCAUAUAUGGUCAAAUAGAAAGGUUGCCUUGAAAGUUUACCAUCCUCAUAAACACAGAUAUUCAGAGCUGGCUGGGUACCUCAAUACUUAAUAAGUAUUAACUGAAUUGUGUCCCUACUGAGUGUCAAAAAACUGAGUCCUGUUUACAACCUUUAAACAGGUUUUCUCUGAUAAUUUACUUGCUCUACUGGCUUGAUUGGUUAAAUUACAAAAAAGUUUUUUCAAUGAGUAACAAAAGGCAACAAAUAAGGUACCAAUUUGGUCUCAGAACUAAAAUUUGUCUUACUAUUGCACCUGUCAUUUCAAUAAUCCAAUACAUAUUCGUAAUACAACUGUCAAUUUGCCUAGAUCUUCAGUAAAAUGCAGUUUCUCCCACACUGACCAAAAUUUAACAGGUACGUGAUUGAACAAAAUACUAUGCUUUUUCAUUAUCAUUUGUGAUAUUUGCAGCAUGAUUUAGUGUCCUGGGUCUGUUUUUCAAAAACUGUUUCAAAUAAACCGCUUUGAAGUCA